AUGAAGAGGCCAACGAAGAGAUCUCGCGAAGAAUCAGAUUCUGAAUCAGAAGAGGAGAACAAUGAAAAGAUUGUUGAUGAGUUGGAUGCAGAUUUCGAUGAAGUUGCUGGAUUAUUGGGGCAGGAUGUGAAGGAUUUUGAAGAUUCAUCUAAGGCAAAGCAUAAAAAGGCCAACAAAGAAGAAGUUGAGAAGUUGCAGGAGUACACUAGGCCAAGGGCUGCUGAAGAUUCCAGUGCCUUAGAGGAGGAUGUUAAGUUCGAAGAUGCAGACUUGUCAGAACCAACCUUAAAUGCGAUUAAGAGUAUGGGAUUCACCAAAAUGACCAAAGUUCAAGCCAAAACGAUCCCACCAUUGAUGGCAGGUCGCGAUGUCUUGGGUGCUGCCAAAACUGGAUCAGGUAAGACGUUGGCAUUCCUUAUCCCAGCUGUGGAGUUAUUGCAUUCAUUAAAAAUCAAACCAAGAAAUGGUACUGCAGUGAUUAUCAUUACCCCUACAAGAGAAUUGGCAUUGCAGAUCUUUGGAGUUGCUAGAGAGUUGAUGGAAUUUCAUUCUCAGACAUGUGGUAUUGUAAUUGGAGGUGCAGAUAGAAGGGCUGAGGCAUUCAAAUUAGGUAAAGGUGUUAAUUUAUUAGUAGCCACACCAGGUAGAUUAUUGGAUCAUUUGCAAAAUACUCCAGGAUUUGUAUUCAGUAACUUGAAGGCGUUAGUUAUUGAUGAAGCUGAUAGAAUUUUGGAGAUUGGUUUCGAAGAUGAAAUGAAAAAGAUUAUUAAGAUCUUACCUAACGAAGACAGACAAUCUAUGUUGUUUUCAGCUACUCAGACUACCAAAGUUGAAGAUUUGGCAAGAAUCUCUUUAAGGCCAGGUCCAUUAUAUAUCAAUGUCGUUCCAGAAGCAUCUGUAUCUACUGUAGACGGAUUGGAACAAGGGUACGUUGUUUGUGAUUCUGAUAAGAGAUUCUUAUUAUUAUUUUCUUUUUUAAAGAGGAAUGUAAAGAAGAAGAUUAUUGUUUUCCUUUCAUCUUGUAAUUGUGUCAAGUUCUACAGUGAAUUAUUAAACUAUAUUGACUUGCCAGUGUUAGACUUGCACGGGAAGCAGAAACAGCAAAAGAGAACAAAUACUUUCUUCGAGUUUUGUAACGCCAAACAGGGUAUUUUGGUUUGUACUGAUGUUGCAGCAAGAGGUUUGGAUAUUCCUUCAGUAGAUUGGAUUAUUCAAUUUGAUCCACCCGAUGAUCCAAGAGAUUACAUUCAUAGAGUUGGUCGAACAGCCAGAGGUACUGACGGAAAAGGGAAGUCUUUGAUGUUCUUAACUCCUUCCGAAUUGGGAUUCUUAAGAUAUUUGAAGGCUGCCAAUGUUCCGUUGAAUGAAUUCGAAUUCCCAGCUAAUAAGAUAGCCAACGUUCAAUCGCAAUUGACAAAGUUAAUAAAGACCAACUACUUAUUACAUCAAUCCGCUAAAGAUGGUUACCGUGCUUAUUUACAAGCAUAUGCAUCUCAUAGUUUGAAGACAGUGUACCAAAUUGACAAAUUAGAUUUAGUCAAGGUUGGGAAAUCAUUUGGAUUUGAUGUUCCUCCUAAAGUUAAUAUUACGAUUGGUGCUAGCGGAAAGUCAAUUGAAAAGAAGCACAAGAAACAAAGGAGGAAUUAG